AUGCAAACAUCUGGGCAUGAGUCUUCGGCUGACAAUUCGGGUGAUGACGCCGAGAUCACAACUGAUGUAUUCGUUAUUGAAGAGCUGAAGCAUAGCGAAGCUACUUACCACGAGUCGAAUGAUAGCACUGGCAACAACCAGCCAAAGUCGACCGUCAGGAAGAUUCAGCCAGGCCUUCAAUUAACUUCCACGAAACGGCCUCACGAACACGAUCCUGACGAAGACGAGAAACGAGUCCGCGUCAAAACCAACAACACGCCACAAAGCCCAUCAACAUCGGAUGGCCUACGCACACCACCUUUAGCACACUCCGGCGGACAGACCCCGGAUAUCUUCCGGAUCAUGGCGGACGUUGCAGCGGUCACUGAUGAGAUUGUUGCAUCCAUGGAAGAUACAUCUUCGGCAAUCAGUGACCUUGAACGUAAGGCCGUACUGAGUCAAUUACGAGACGUGCUUGGUAUGCUUGUUCCUUGCGUGACUGAGGUCCGCGACAUAGGAGUCCUGGGUGUUGAGAUCGUUGGGCUUGCAGCUCUAGUAGAUCCCUCGCUCGAGUAUGAAGGUAUAUUUACUAUCAUCGCGUCGCCCUAUGCCAGCAGCAUUCCGAAGCGGUUGGAACUCGAUUAUACCCAUCACUUCGCAAUCGGAGAUAUGUUUUGGGAUCGCUCGACAGAGUUCGCAGCCGACCAAAACCUGAAGCCGGGUAUAAAGGCCGCCCCAAGCCCACAAGGAUUA